CAGGGUGCUGUAGAGAGUGAAUCAAUAUUUUUUUGGACUAGUCAAAAAGAAUUUCAGUAAGGGAACAGAGACUGAUUGAAGUAAUUGUGAAUGUGUGGAGAGAUAGACUCUUAUGUGGUAAGAAUAGUAUCUGUGCAGGAUGCGUUAGCACUGCAAAUCAAACUAUCACCCGAAAGUCUCAUUUACGUCUAAGAUUACACCUCGAGUCUUUAUUUUAAAAUCAACCUUGAAUAGUUUCUGCGAAGGAAGGCUAUCUGGCUGCGUAGUGUGUAGUAAGAAGCGUACCUCAGUUCUCACGAAUAUGGAAGUGCGUGUGUUCCCAGAACUGGCAAUGUAGCAGUGCUCAAGUCCGGUGAUUUUAAACGCUUGAAAUCAAAAGGCUGCGGUGCUGGCCAGCGACUGUGGUGAGGGAGGAGCGCGGUGCUGCCGUGUCUGCGGGGCGGAAGCGGCGGGGCGGGCCCGGCCUCUCCUCGGCCCGGGCUGCAGCCGGGGCGCCGCGGUGCCCGAGCUGCUGCAGGGUAUCGAACCGGGGCCCGAGCUUCUGUUGCAGGGUAUCAGACCGGUGCCCGAGCUGCUGCAGGGUAUCGGACCGGGGCCCGAGCUUCUGCUGCAGGGUAUCGAACCGGGGCCCGAGCUGCUGCAGGGUAUCGGACCGGGGCCGGGGCUGGGGCUGCUGCUGCCGGGUAUCGGACCGGGGCCCGAGCUGCUGUACGGUAUCGGACCGGUGCCGGUCCGGCCCGGCCGUGCUGCUGCUGAGGAAGCAAAGCGGAGUGCACGAAGCUGGAGCUGGGAAGAGACAGGAGAGGAGCUCGCAAUCAUUCUGCUGCUGGCUCUUAUCUGGCGCAGACUGAGCGAAGUAAUGCCUUAUCUGGUUUGAAGAUCUAAGAGAGCUUUCUGUUUGUGUAAGUUAUAAAGGAAAAUGGAAGAAGAUGAGACUUCAGGAGGAGAAACAGAGAGGGCAAAAGUUGAACCAUGUGCUACUGCCCUGGGUCGGCAGAUAUCAGUCAGUGAGUUCCUGUGCCACUGCUGCUACGACAUUCUUAUCAAUCCCACCACCCUGAACUGUGGGCACAGCUUCUGUAGGCAUUGCUUGGCCUUGUGGUGGGUAUCCUCCAAGAAGAAUGAAUGCCCUGAAUGCAGAGAAAAAUGGGAAGGAUUCCCCAAAGUCAACAUUCUCCUCAGGGAUGUUAUUGAAAAGCUAUUUUCUGAUGCCAUUGAACAAAGAAAAGAAGAUAUUCAACAAAACAGUGAUGUAGCACGCAGCUUAGCAACUUUCCAAAAAUAUGGGAAUGACCAGAUGCCUACAGUUUCAAACACAGGAAGAAUUAAUCCUCGAGGAGGGUUUUUCUCUGGCGUUCUGACAGCUUUAACUUGUGUAGCAGUAGUUCUACUUGGCUAUCACUGGAGUAGCAGAGAAUUUGAAGAUGAUCUUCUUGUCCACAAGCCUGUUGCUAGGUGGACUGCUGAGGAAGUGAUAUUCUGGCUGGAGCAGCUGGGCCCGUGGGCUUCACAUUACAAAGAAACAUUUUUACUGGAGAAAGUAAAUGGAAGACUCCUCCUAACACUUACUGAAGAGGAUUUCACCAAAGAGCCUUAUAGUGUAGAGAACAGUAACCAUAGGAGAGCUAUUAUGGCAGAACUGGAACGUGUGAAAACUUUAGGUGUUAAACCACCACAGAACCUUUGGGAAUAUAAGGCCAUAAACCCAGGAAAAUCACUCUUUCUUCUGUAUGCACUGAAGAGUUCUCCAAGACUCAGUAUGUUAUACCUAUACUUGUUUGAUUAUGCAGAAGCUUUCCUACCUUUCAUGCACACAAUUUGUCCUAUGCAAGAAGACAAGUAUGAAGAUACUGUCACAAAACUGCUUGACCUUAAAGAUCCUUCUUGGAGGCAAUGGAGAGAAUUCACUGUGAAGUAUUUAUUUUUGCCAUACCAGUUGAUAGCUGAAUUUGCUUGGGAUUGGCUAGAUGUGCACUAUUGGACAUCAAGAUUUAUAAUUGUAAAUGCCAUGUUGCUCUCUGUUCUGGAAUUAUUCUCCUUUUGGAGGCUCUGGUCCAGAAGAGAAUUGAAGACUAUUCCUCACAGAAUGUGGAGACAUUUCUGGAAAGUCUCAACCCAGGGACUUUUUGUUGCCAUUUUUUGGCCUUUUAUUCCUCAGUUUGUCUGCAACUGUUUGUUUUACUGGGCCUUGUAUUUUAACCCAGUUAUAAACAUUGAUCUUGUGGUUACAGAGAUCAGGCGUCUGGAGACACAAGUGCAGUGAUUGGCAUUGGAACUCAUGAGCUGUUUAACUUCUAAAAAUGGACAUUGUAAAUAAACUUUGCUUUUUUUUGCUUUAUCUAUGUGGCAGUGAAAUUGAUGGAUUAUGUUAAUUUAAACAUACGAAAAAGCUUUAAGGUAACCACUUUAAGGUAAGUUACUCUUUAGCCAGCUGAUUCCAAAUUGGAGGACGAAGGAAAAAGGGAUUUUCUUUUUGAAAAAAAAGCACAUUCCUGUAUAGCCAUAUAAAACUCAUACAGUCAUCUCACCUUAUUUGUAUCAGAUAAAUUUCUUUAUUUUGUCCUCAGCAUUCUAUGUAUUUUCAAGCCUGCCUUAAAAUCAGUGUCUUCUGCACUGCUACAGUGAUUUCUUUCUUCUUCUUUUUAAACUUAGAAUUUCAUACCAGCAAUGUGUUCCUCAAUUUCAGUUUGCCAAAGGAAUGCCCUUCCUGGAUAGGCUUGAUGUUGAAAGAGCUUUAUUUAUUUCAGUCUUCUUUACAUGUAGCAUUGUGACUGCCCUAUACACAGCCUCACAGUAGAGUUUGUUCCAAAAUUCUUGUAGUUGACGGCAAAGACUACUUGAAUUUUCUUGUAUCUUGGAAAAUGUGGUAAUUAUCAUGGAAAAUUUUUUUAUUCAGAUCAGUUAGGCUUCAUCAAUAGCUCCUUUCACUCUCUUUUCUUGAAUUCUGUUGCUAAUUCCUAAAUUCGGGGUUAUCUCUUAAAAAGGGUUAUUUUGGCGAAGUGACCUGACACUGUAAUUACUUAUGGCAAUAUAAUGUGUGUAUCUAUGUCUGUGAGCAAGUAUUGACUGGAAAGUUAUUUUAUGUAAGCAGGAUUGACAUUUGUUAGUGUAUGUUCCUUUGAAUCAAAAGGUAAGAUUUUUUUCAAGAACUUUGUCCCCUUGCAUUCUGCAUUGGUUUGCUGUUUUGUUUAUUUCAUCUGUGUCAGUAAUGUGAACUAAAUUUGGCUAUGAAUAUUUUUCAUUAUUAAAGAUCUGUCUUGAAAUCUUCA